CAUCGUCUUCAAUAGAAACUCACAAACAUCUGUGAAAAGGAACAUUCUCCAAGUCUGAGAAGAUACUCAAAUGGCGCCUAAGCUUCUCUCCUCCACUAACUUCAAAUCUCUAUUCGACUCUGUCGACACUUUCCUCUUUGACUGCGAUGGUGUUAUAUGGAAGGGAGAUACACUCAUCGAUGGCGUCUCUCAAACUCUCGACUUACUCCGAUCCAAGGGUAAAAACAUUGUCUUUGUGACAAACAACUCAAUGAAAUCAAGAAGACAAUACGCUGAAAAGUUCCAAUCUUUGGGUCUAACUUCUGUUACUCAGGAUGAGAUAUUCUCUUCUUCGUUUGCGGCAGCUAUGUACCUUAAAACCAACAACUUUCCCAAGGACAAGAAGGUUUAUGUGAUUGGUGGAGAAGGUAUUCUUGAGGAGCUUCAGCUUGCUGGUUUUACCGGUCUUGGUGGUCCUGAAGACGGUGAAAAGAAAGCACAAUGGAAAUCAAACUGUCUCUUUGAACAUGAUAAAACCGUGGGAGCUGUUGUGGUUGGACUAGACCCCAACAUAAACUACUAUAAGCUUCAGUAUGGAACCCUCUGUGUACGAGAGAAUCCAGGAUGUCUUUUCAUUGCAACCAACCGUGACGCUGUAGGACAUAUGACAGAUCUUCAAGAGUGGCCUGUUUUUGUACUCUGUAUAUUUCUAGGUGCUGGUUGUAUGGUUGCUGCCAUGUGUGGUUCAACUGAAAGAGAGCCAAUAGUGGUUGGAAAACCAGCUACUUUCAUGAUGGACUAUCUGAUACAGAAGUUUGGGACAGAAACGUCUAGAAUGUGCAUGGUGGGUGAUAGGCUCGACACUGAUGUAUUGUUUGGACAGAAUGCUGGUUGCAAAACUCUACUCGUCCUAUCAGGGUGUACAAGUGAGUCUAAUCUAUUAGACGAGAGCAACAAGAUUGAGCCAGACUAUUACACAAGCAUGGUCUCUGAUAUCACUAAAAUGAUGUAGUCCCCUUAGUAAGUAAAGGGCAUACUCUUCUUUCUCUACACUGAAACAUUUUUUGUGUAUGGCAAAGAUGAAAGUUCUGAUUGUUUUUACUCACUGUUGUUAAUAAUCAAUCUGAUGAUCCAUACAUCAACAGAAAACAUGGGAUGAUAGCUUUAAUAAAAGUUGAGUUCAAUUCAUU